AUGGAUGCGCAGAUAAUGAUGUUGAAACCGGCUAAAAUGCUAGCAAUAGCGUUACUGACAUGCAAUUUCUUCUUCGCAGUGGAAAACCCGGCGGAACUAAAAAUGCUCGAAAAGGGUAUUCCAAGGGACGCUUUCGCUGCAGUCACACCGCUAUUUGUGCCCAUACAAAUUCUACUCCCGCCAUUUGUAAGUUCCGGCGAAUUAAACACUAUACCGCUCAAGGUGACAAUGAGCAUGCACAAGUCGAGCGCUUCAGACGUUCUCUGCAAGGGUCUCAAAAUACGGCUAAUCACAGUUGUGCUUUAUACAGCGUACAGCACCGACGGUUUGUAUCUAGAAACGCUGCUCUGCGCAGUAAGCGGUGUAGUAUUCCUCCCUAAGUUUAGGAGCAUGUUGACGCGCAUUGAGUCGUUCGAGCUCGGUGAGUGGUAUGUGAACAAGUUCGCAGUGGAGUAA